AUGGCGCUGCUCGACGCGGCACCACAAACCUCUUCCGGGCCGACCCUUUUUGGGCUGCCGAUGAAGCAGGUUUCCUUGAUCACCUUAACGUUCCAAAAUUCAUUAUUGACGCUUAUCCUCCACUACUCACGAGUCAUGCCCGGCGUCCCCGGCGACCACCGCUACUUUGCCUCAACCGCCGUCUUCCUUAACGAGGUCCUCAAACUCGCCAUCUCCCUGACCUUUGCCAUCUACGAGGUCUCGCGCACACUCGCGCCGCAGACACCUGCCACCGUGCUGUUCGAGCAGAUCUACAACUCCGUCUUCUCCCACGACAGCUGGAAGCUCGCCAUCCCGGCCACCCUCUACACCCUCCAGAACACGCUGCAGUAUGUGGCACUGGGCAACCUGGACCCCGUUCACUUCCAGAUCCUCUACCAACUGAAGAUCCUUACAACCGCCUUCUUCAGCGUCGCCCUGCUUGGCCGCUCGUUGUCGACCAAGCGCUGGAUUGCCCUGGUCGUCCUGACCAUGGGCGUCUCUAUUGUCUCGCUGUCGUCCAACGAGUCCUCCAACGACACCUCGGCCCUCAUCAUCCACGACUUUAGCGACCACUUCUUCCCGCGGUCCAUGCACGAGCUCGGCCAGAUGGUCGACGGCGUUAGCGAGGUGGCACGCGAGCUCACCAAGCGCACGGUCGCCCAUGUCGCCAGCGGUGCUCUGCUCGCCAAGCGCUCCGCAUCCUACGAGGGCAUUAACGAGGACCAACUGGAUGGGGGCGCCGUCGCCAUGAACGCGUCGCUGGGCAUUACUGCUGUCCUGGUCGCGGUCGUCGUGUCGGGCCUGACGGGCGUCUACUUUGAAAAGGUCCUGAAAGACUCGGCCAGCCCCGUGUCCGUGUGGACGCGCAAUAUCCAACUGUCCUUUUACUCGCUCUUCCCGGCUCUCUUUGUCGGCAUUGUCUUCAAGGACGGCGCCGACAUUGCCCAGCACGGCUUCUUUGACGGCUACAACUGGGUCGUCUGGAUCGUCAUUGUCUUCCAGGCCGUGGGCGGCAUCCUGACGUCUCUCUGCAUCAACUACGCCGACAACAUUGCCAAGAACUUUGCCACAAGCAUUAGCUUCGUCAUCAGCUUUCUCUUCAGCGUCGUCUUCUUUGGCUUCCGAAUGACGGCCACGUUUACGGUCGGCACGCUGCUCGUGCUCGCCUCCACCUACCUGUACUCCGGCCCCGACCGCAAGCGCGGCCGCCCGCCCCCCAUCAACAUUGUCCACUACGAAAAGACCACCAUUGACCGCGCGGGCACACCCGUCCCACGGAUCCGGUCGGCGGACAACAUCAGGAACCCGUCGGCGCACGCGUCAUCGUCACACGGGUCCGCGCACCUCGACCCGCUCGACUCCGUCCGCACCAUGGGCCUGUCAACGUCACGGCCCUCGUCUCCCCUUGGCCACCAUAACAGAGUGCAGUCGAGCCGGAGCAAGACCCGAGACGAAUAG